AUGUCUAGAUUACGUAGAUUUAAUAGAAGAGUGCUGGAAGAUAGUAAUGUUGAUGAUGAUGAUGAUGGUGAGUUUACUUUCGAACCUAUGGAUACCGACGAUCAAGAAGUGUUAAUACAAAAAUUUGAAUUGAGUAACGAGGUUAGAAAACUGAAAUAUAUAAAUUUAUUGUGCCUAGCAUAUUUAGUAAGUUGCACAACUUUUUUAUUGUUCUCCACAAGAAGGAAAGGUAUCUAUUCAAUUCUAUUUAUAUUAGGUUCACAAAGUAUGAUCUUUUCUUGUAUCAAUAUAAGAUAUGAUCUAAUUAAUGAUUAUUCGAUUACAAAAUUAAUUACGUUAAGAAUCGAUAAUUUUAAAUUGAAUAUUAUAAAUAUGAUUGUCUUAAUUUCAAUCUCGUGGAUUUGUUUCUUACAUUUGCAUGAUCAGUUCUCUUUAGAAGUGUUUUUCCAUUUACCUCAUUUAUUAUAUCUAAUUUCCAUUGCUGUUAAAAAAAUGGCAAAAUCGAUGGAUACUGAAUUAAGUCAUUUAAGAAGUCUAAAAUAUAAAUAUAAAAAUGCAUGA